GGAGUCAUCGAUCGGCCGACCCCGAGAGGCCUGGCUUCUUUAGGGCGCGUGCCCGCCUCCAGCUCUCGGGGUCGGCUCCAGGAGGCGCCCUCAGGAGAGGGGCGGGCGCUCUAUUCCAGAGACCCACUGGCAGGGCGGCCACCGUGGCGGGGCUCUUUCCCCGUUUCGCCUCAGUUACCCCUCAGCUCCGGUAGUCGCCGGUCCGGGAUCGUCGCCGUUUGGGGCGGGAGCUGCUCGGCCCCACCGCCGUCCCCGUUGCCGUCCCCGUCGCCGCCCCCGGGUCCAGGCCCCUCGGGCCGCCUGCCGCCGUCAUGAGGCUGCGGGUGCGGCUUCUGAAGCGGACCUGGCCGCUGGAGGUGCCCGAGACGGAGCCGACGCUGGGACAGCUGCGCGCGCGCCUGACGCAGUCCCUGCGGUGCACCUUGGGGUUCAGUUCUGAUACCCGAUUUACAAUUACAUUGAACUACAAGGAUGCCCUCACUGGAGAAGAAGAGACCUUGGCUUCAUAUGGGAUUGUUUCUGGGGACUUGAUAUGUUUGAUUCUUCAAGAUGACAUUCCAGCGCCUAAUUUACCUUCAUCCACAGAUUCAGAGCAUUCUUCACUCCAGGAUAACGAGCAACCCUCUUUGGCCACCAGCUCCAAUCAGACUAGCGUACAGGGUGAACAACCAAGUGAUUCAUUCCAAGGACAGGCAGCCCAGUCUGAUGUUUGGAAUGACAACAGUACGUUAGGGCCUAGUCAAAAUUUUGAAGCUGAGUCAAUUCAACGUAUUGCGGAUAUGGCAGAGGGCACAGGUUUCUAUCCCUCAGAACCCAUGCUCUGUAGUGAAUCGGUGGAAGGGCAAGUGCCACAUUCAUUAGAGACCUUGUAUCAGUCAGCUGACUGUUCUGAUGCCAAUGAUGCCUUGAUAGUGUUGAUACAUCUUCUCAUGUUGGAGUCAGGUUACUUACCUCUGGGCACCGAAGCCAAAGCACUGUCCAUGCCGGAGAAGUGGAAGUCGAGUGGGGUGUAUAAGCUGCAGUACAUGCAUCCUCUCUGCGAGGGCAGCUCCGCUACUCUCACCUGUGUGCCUUUGGGAAACCUGAUUGUUGUAAAUGCUACACUAAAAAUCAACAAUGAGAUUAGAAGUGUGAAAAGAUUGCAGCUGCUACCAGAAUCUUUUAUUCGCAAAGAGAAACUAGGGGAAAAUGUAACCAAGAUAUACAAAGAUCUUCAGAAACUCUCUCGCCUCUUUAAAGACCAGCUGGUGUAUCCUCUUCUGGCUUUUACCCGACAAGCACUCAACCUACCAGAUGUAUUUGGGUUGGUCGUCCUCCCAUUGGAACUGAAACUACGGAUCUUCCGACUUCUGGAUGUUCGUUCCGUCUUGUCUUUGUCUGCAGUUUGUCGUGACCUCUUUACUGCUUCAAAUGACCCACUCCUGUGGAGGUUUUUAUAUCUGCGUGAUUUUCGAGACAAUACCGUCAGAGUUCAAGACACAGAUUGGAAAGAACUGUACAGGAAGAGGCACAUACAAAGAAAAGAAACCCCGAAAGGGCGGUUUGUGAUGCUCUUGCCAUCGUCAACUCACACCAUUCCAUUCUAUCCCAACCCCUUGCACCCUAGGCCAUUUCCUAGCUCCCGCCUUCCUCCAGGAAUUAUCGGGGGUGAAUAUGACCAAAGACCAACACUUCCCUAUGUUGGAGACCCAAUCAAUUCACUCAUUCCUGGUCCUGGGGAGACGCCCAGCCAGUUUCCUCCACUCAGACCACGCUUUGAUCCAAUUGGCCCACUUCCAGGACCUAACCCCGUCUUGCCAGGGCGAGGCGGCCCCAAUGACAGAUUUCCCUUUAGACCCAGCAGGGGUCGGCCAACUGAUGGCCGGCUGUCAUUCAUGUGAUUGAUGUGUAAUUUCAUUUCUGGAGCUCCAUUUGUUUUUGUUUCUAAACUACAGAUGUCAACUCCUUGGGGUGCUGAUCUCGAGUGUUAUUUUCUGAUUGUGGUGGUGAGAAUUGCACUCCCAGAAACCUUUUAAGAGAUAUGUUUAUAGCCCUAGGGGUGGUAUGACCCAAAGGUUCGUCUGUGACGAGGUUGGCCUUGGGAAUAGUUGGCUGCCAAUCUCCCUGCUCUUGGUUCUCUUCUAGAUUGAGGUUUGUUUUCUGAUGCUGUUCUUACCAGAUUAAAAGUGUAAAUUACA